UUUAACUGAAAACAAAAAAUUAUUUAGAAAAUAAAAUACACAUAUACAUUUCGAGAACAGACGCAUUCUUAUAGGCGGCAAAAUGUGCUGCGGUUUUAAUAUAGCUUGUUGCACUAAACCUCGCGAGGAAAAUCCCUUCGCUAAUCCUAAGGUUAAGCGUCGGUUUAUUUGGAGAGUGUUGCUCAUAUUGGAUGGAUGCCUGAUAUGUACCCUCAUUCCAACGUUCAUCUUCCUGUGCUACCCACCGGCCCACUCGUAUAUUGCCGGUACAUCGUACGUCUUUGCCAUUCCAGCCAUUAUUGCUUUUAUAGUAGUUCAGGCCUUCUUGUGCUUCGCAAUGAAACUUCUCCAAAAAAGGCCCGUCAAGAUUAUAUUCUUCAUUAUAUGGAUCAUUGUCCAUACCAUCUUACUAACCGCGGUGUCAGUUUGGUUUGAACCGUGGGUGUUCUAACCCGAACCAGACUUUGAUACCUUGCGGAAUUCUGGCGUUUGUGAUUUUGGCUAUGGUCGUAUAUUCGAGAUUCGUUCGCUGCCAGAUCGGCCAUAAAAUUCCGUUAGCCUACCUCGUUGCAGCCGGAUUAGUUGUCAUAAUACAUGCCAUCCUUCUAGGUUUUUUUUUCAAGUAUUACUGGUUUCUCAUAUUGGUUAGCUUCUCCGUAGUGCUCAUUUUGAUAAUGGUAGUGGUGCUGGAUAUUGAUCUAAUAGUUCGCGAUAAGACACGUCACAAGUUCGGAAAGCAUGAAUACAUUGUGGCUUCCAUGAUCAUUUUGCGUGACGUUAUAUGGAUCGUUAUCAUAGUUAUUAUAAUAUUGAUAGCUGCUGCCUCAAGUUGUAAUUGCUGUGGAGAUGAUAGUGAUCAUGAAAGUCAUGAAAGUAAUGAAAGUCAUGAAAGUAAUGAAAGUGGCUCUAGUGGGUCUUCUGCUUCUAGUGGAAGCGGAGGCUCCUCUUCCUAAAUUUGUAUGGUGUAUCAAAAUUUCUAUA